GUAAACCCACCACCGACGAAGCAGCAGCAACGCGCAACUAAUCCACAGCUCGCCCGCCGCCCGCCGCCCGCCGCAGCCAUGGGCCGCGGCGCACUACUGCUUGUGCUCACCCUCGCUGCUUCCGCCGCUGCGGCUGUGUCGGGGGCGGAGCAGCAGCCCGCAUUGAGGUCCCCUUCGACCGGCAGUGGAGCGACGAGCGGAGGAGCUGCUAGUACGGGUGUGAGCUCGAACUCGGUGCUGGUGGCGCUGCUGGACUCGCACUACACGGAGCUGGCGGAGCUGGUGGAGAAGGCGCUUCUGCUGCAGGCGCUCGAGGACGCCGUCGGCCGGGGCAACGUCACCAUCUUCGCGCCCCGCAACGAGGCGCUCGAGCGGGACCUCGACCCCGAGUUCCGCCGCUUCCUCCUCGAGCCCCGCAACCUCAGGUCGCUCCAGUCGCUGCUCCUCUUCCACGUCCUCCCCUCCCGCGUCCACUCCCUGCCCGCCGGCGCCUCCGCCCUCUCCCACCCCACGCUCUCCGGCGAGCGGCUGGAGCUCGCGACGGCGGAGAACGGCGCGAUGCGGGUCGGGGGCUCCGCGGCGGUGACGCGGCCCGACGCGGUGGUGCGCCCCGACGGCGUGAUCCACGGCAUCGAGCGGCUCCUGGUCCCGCGGUCCGUGCAGGAGGCCUUCAACCGCCGCCGCAGCCUCGCCGCCAUCUCCGCCGUCCUCCCCACCGGCGCCCCUGAGGUGGACCCGCGGACGCACCGGCUCAAGAAGCCUGCCCCGCCCGUCCCGCUCGGCGCUCCCCCCGUGCUCCCCGUCUGGGACGCGAUGGCUCCGGGCCCCGCCAUCGCGCCGGCGCCGGCCCCCGGCCCGGGGUCCGGGAAGCACCACUUCGACGGGCACAGCCAGGUGAAGGACUUCAUCCAGACCCUCCUCCUCUACGGUGGGUACAACGAGCUCGCCGACAUCCUCGUCAACCUCACCUCCCUCGCCACCGAGAUGGGGCGCCUCGUCUCCGAGGGGUACGUGCUGACCGUCCUGGCCCCCAACGACGAGGCCAUGGCCCGGCUCACCACCGACCAGCUCUCCGAGCCGGGGUCGCCGGAGAACAUCCUCUACUACCACAUGAUCCCCGAGUACCAGACGGAGGAGAGCAUGUACAACGCCGUGCGCCGGUUCGGGAAGGUGCGGUACGACACGCUGCGGCUGCCGCACAAGGUGACGGCGCGCGAGGCCGACGGGUCCGUCAAGUUCGGGCACGGCGAGGGGAGCGCCUACCUCUUCGACCCGGACAUCUACACCGACGGCAGGAUCUCCGUGCAGGGCAUCGACGCCGUGCUCUUCCCGCCCCAGGAGGAGGGCGCGUCCCCCGCCGCCGAGCCUGCCAGGAAAGCACCCGCCGUCACCGGCAGCACCGCCAAGCCCAAGCUCCGACGAGGGAAGUUGUUGGAAGGGGCUUGCCGAGUGAUGGGUGUCUUCGUUCCAAGGUCGCGGUUCGCGAGCUGCCAAUGAACAACGGACGGAUCACGGGCAGAUACGUGUAUCUCAUUCUGCUUCUGCCUGCUUGCCUCACGACGCUGAAAGAUGAACCGAAACAGUCUUGGAGGAACGGAUGGAUGGAGAAAUUUUGGUUAGUCAGUUAAGGGGGGCAAUAAUCCGGGGUUGUGAGCAGGAAGAACCGGAUGCAGGAUUGGAGAACUGGUGGCUGGGAUGUCAAAACGGAUGGGAAUUUGUUUAUACUGCAGAGCAACAUGAUGUAUAGCAAUUAGAGCGCUUUUUUUCAUUGUUUUGAUUUUUUUUGUUGAUGAUGUUCAUGUUCUUUUUAGUAAAUAAGAAUCCACAAACAUGAACAGCGUUCAUGGAUCA